AUUUUCCUUUAUUAUAUUGAUUUAUUUAUUUUAUGCUGAUUUUUCACAAUUCUUCUUAAGAAUUUUCAAAUCCAAGUGUGAUUAUCUUUUCUCUAGUGUGAUUUAAAUAUUUAUCAAAUGGCUUCUAUCAAAUUUUUUUCAUAUAUGAAGAUAUCUUAAUCGAUUGUGCCUUGGCAUCAUAUGCCAUUUGAAAAUACAAUUUUAUAACGAUGAAAAUGAGAAGUAAAAGGAAAAUUGAAAUUGAACGAUUUGUGAAUCGUGAAAUUGGAAAGGUGGAUGUCGAAUAGUGUCGAAUUUAAUAUCGGUUGAAGUGAAUAAAUUGUUUCAGUUGGUGCGUAUAACAAUGACGGAUGUUGAGAUAGUUAUUCCAAGUGGUGGUAAAAUGAGGGUAGCCGGACCAGAAGUACGGGAGAGAUGAAAAAUUGUCGGGUCGCGCAUUUGCCAGCCCAGCCUCAUACGAGACGCGAAUGUCUCGUUUGGGCUAGGAGAUUAUACGCGAGUUUUCAACCGUUUAAAAACGUUAACCAAAGAGAAAAUGGAACACAAGCAAACAAUCUUGCUUGCACCAGCGCUGAGCAACAGCAGCUGUUGGCGGAGAGACACGUCCGAAACCACUUGGACUGGACCAGGCCCUGGAGAAUUGUUACGCGCUACUCUAAUUCUCGUGCUCAGUCUCGGUAUUCUUUGUGCCAAUUUGUUGGUAAUAUGCGUCAUAAAUAGCAGACGAUACAGCAAAUAUAUUCACGCACAGCCAAAGUACUUACUGACAAGUUUAGCGAGCAACGAUCUUGCUAUUGGUCUUCUGGUUACACCAUUCGGCUUUCUACCAGCUGUUUAUGGAUGUUGGCCUUACGGCGAAAUUGUGUGUCAAAUACAGGCGCUUCUUAGAGGAGCUUUGACCCAACAAAGUGCCGUUAUCCUUGUUUGUAUGGCGAUUGAUCGUUACGUUUGUAUGCUGCAUCCACAUCAUUAUCACAAACACGCAUCUAAAAAGUAUUACAUGCGGCAGGGUUGCGUAGCAGUGAUGUCGACUACUUGGAUAGCGAGCGUGGCAAUUUUCGGUGCUCUCGUGCUUCCAAGAGGAGGUUAUUACUUCAACGAUUCCGGUCUUCUCGCCUGUGAUCCUUUUUUUGCCAGGGCUUCCCUCAGAAUUCUCGCGUGUUGUUGUUUUUAUUUUCCUACGACGAUGGUGCUGAUGUAUUGCUAUGGUUCAGCCUUUCACGUUAACAAACUGCGCUUAAAAAGGGUGGUUUGCGUUAACACACCGGAGGUCGUUAGCGGAGGCCAUAUGGAGAGGCUUGUAGCUCACGAGAGACGAUUGUCAACUUCUGCUUCUCGAACAAUGGCUGCGAUGAGUUUAGGAUUCAUUGUUAUGGUCACGCCAUGGACGAUUCAGGAAGUCGUUGCAGCUUGUACCGGAAGCAAACCACCACCAUUCCUCGACUUCCUCGCCACGUGGCUUGCGCUUUCCAACAGCUUUUGGAAUCCGUUCCUCUAUUGGCUGCUCAACAAUCACUUUCGUCGUAUUUCGAGAGAACUUCUCUACACUAAGGUACUUUGUAGGCCGAAACCUUUGGGACCGAAACAACAUUGUUGCGCCACUAGCACAGGUGGUCUUGAUGUUUGUAACAUGGCAGGAGUCGAUUUAUCAGGUUUAGAGCGUUGCUCAAUAGACCGUUUUUCAAUGGCUCGAUGUUCCUCUUCUUCGUUAGCCAAUACACCACCACCACUUCCUUGGGAAACCGGACAUGUCCUACAUAACGACGCUACGCCAACGUGAGUUAGGGAUGCCGUCACGCAAACGGAGGAUAUUGAAUCUCCAACGCAUGCUAGUUAGUAUAGCGUGGCGGCAGAACAUCAUUCCGUGACUCGUAAUCUUGGAACGGAGCGAUCAUCGCAUCCUCGAUCUUUUUCAAAUAAUUCGUCUUUGUCGAUAAUAGAAUAUUCUUUGUACGAAGAAAGUGCACAAAUCCGACGCGAUCGCUGUUUCUAUUUGGAAAAUACGUGUUUCAAAAGCGUGCCGGAUUUAAUUCGAGAUCUUGAAUUUAAUUGACGUAAUAAUCUCAAAUGUUGCCGAAGAAAAUAUAUUGUGCUGUAAUUUGCGAUCAAGAAUCAAAUUCGUAUAAUGGACAUUACGAUUUUGUACUAAUCAAAAGUUCAAAGUAUUUUUUAUUAUAGAUGAAGCACAAACUUCUUUCGACCGAAAGAAA